GGCAUAGUUAUUAGACGUGUACGAAUUUUUGUUUUGUGUUGUUUUAAUUUUUUCAUCUCCAAGAAAAUUAUUUCCUAAAUGUUAAUUUUAUUACAUUAAGACCUGAGAAACCAUCACGAAAACCACCAACAACAAUGUCGUCUGCAAAUUUGGCAAAUCUCAAUGUGGAUGCGCUGUUCGAGCAGCACAGCAUCGCCGAAAUCGACAUCGUCCAAAAGAAAAUCCAAACCGAAGUCGAAAAGAAACGCGAAGAGCUCCGGACGAUGGUUGGAGAACGCUAUAGAGAUUUGUUGAAAGCCGCUGACACCAUUGCCACGAUGCGAGAAUCCUCUUCGGAAUUGUGCAAUCAGAUCGAGUAUAUCACAACCAACUGUCGAAGUCUCAAUGAGAAGCAACUGAUUGGCUUCAAGACCGACACCGACGCCAUCAAAUCCCGAUCGACAAACAAACAACUUAACAAUUACUUCAGCACCGUGGUGCAGAUCAAACUCCUCACCACAUUGCCGGAGAUGAUAUGGUCGCACAUAGACAACGAACGCUUCUAUCUGGCCACAGAGUUGUUCAUAUUCAGUCGACACAUUAGCACUGGGCUGCAGCUGGAUGUGAACAACACACUGAUGCAGUAUUUCCCCGUGGCCAAGAAGCAAUGGGAGAUCCUGAAGCCUUUUCACUUGACAAUAAAACAAAGUGUCCUGUCGACCCUGGAACGUGAAGAGCUUUCUCCAGAAGCAGCCACUGAUUGUUUGCUGAGUUUGUUGCUUCUUGAGAAAGGCAAUUUGAAUGGAAUUCUCAAAACAUUCGUUCAACUAAGGUGCUCGGCAUUCCUAAGCAGCAUGAUCAACGAAGGUGGCGACCAGAAGAGGGUCAAAGACAGAAUUUUGGGCAGUUUGAGAGUCAUCAACUCGACUGUUCAACUUGUGCACAAAUGUUUCUUUGAAAACAACAAAGGUCUAGUUUGCCAGAAGCUGGAAGAACUAGAAGACGCCAUGCCAACAAUCACUCACGUCGAUUGCCACGACUCACAAUUCGCUCAUUUAUUGCCCGAUAUCAUUGCAAACUUUCGACCAAAAUUCGACUCACUGACCUUGAACGAAGAGCAAGUCAAGACAACCAUUGAAAAUUGGCUUAACGACAGCUCCAACAUAGCAGGAAUCCAUUUGAAGACUCUCUUCAAUUUGGUAUCGUCAAUGAAAAUUAUUCAAGAAAUCAAAAAGGAUUCUAUUGCUGCUCGGAAGCAGGAUCCCAGCUGGGGUUAUAUCUGCGAAAGAUUCGGAAUUGCCCAGAAACUAGAUUUCUACGAGUUCCAAUACAAACCAUUGAUAAAUCAAAGAAUCCGUGAUAUAAUUCGUCAGUCUUGGAUCAAGGCCAAUGAGGGACUCUUCAAGAGAAUCGAAAAAGUACUUUUGGCCAAAAAUCAACAAAACAACAAUGAUCUGUGGUUGGAGAGUUCUGCUGAUCUCCCGAUGAGUCUCAAGGAUGCUCUAAGCGACGACAAGAGAAUCAAAAAGCUUCUGAUGAAGUCCAAGGGUUUCGAUGGAGAAAUGAUUUCGAUUUGCUCGGAAUUUAAUGAUCAUCUGGCGGCGAUUGUGUGUGAAAUGAACUUGCUUCUCGACGAACAAGAAACCAAAGCCGACGAGAAGCUCUCCUUGGUCGAGUUCCUCAAGGAGACCAGUGAGGAGCAAAUUCGUGAACUAAUGGCGAAGAUGAAGAAUGAUGCAAAUUGUGAUAAACAGCUUCAACAGUUGCUGUUCCUAGUAAGGCUCCUUGCAGCCAUAAUUGAAUUGUGUCCAAAUUUGAGAGCUUGCUUGUCACAAUCGUACCACGAUCCGACAAGUUGGGCCUCGCAGCCUGUUGCCGAGAAGAAAACCCUUGAAAAUUGGACUCGGGUGUGCAAUCUGUUGGAAGACGAAGGAUUUGUGAUGUGGAAGAGUGUGUGUAGAUUGAUUCUUGAAGAAAAUCCUGUGGAACACAUGAUGACUCCGCGAAUUGGACACAAAACUAUUCUCGAAGAUUUUGCUAAUUGGGAAACAGUAACGAUUGAACAGAAAGACGAACAGGAUCAACCUGUUCAGUCGACAUUCCGCAUCCCCAGCCAGCCCCGGAUAUCUCUCCAACAGUAUUUGUUCUCCAUCACCAGUGCACUCAAUUUUUAUAUUCCACAAACCUUGCCUCAGAAAGUCCUCUACGUGUUCAACUCACAGUUGAUUCAGGGUCUCUUGCAGCACUACAAGUCCCUAAUCAGUGGCGACAAAUUCACAGCUUCGAGUCAAAAUACCGCCCUCCAGCUGUACUAUGAUGUAAAAUUCCUGCAAUCGGUUUUCUCAUCCAGAGACGAUCGUUCUACUGUCGAUGAAUUCCAAUCGAUUACGAAUCUUCUCAAGGAAUUCAUCGAUCCAUUCGACUUUGAAUUGUUUAGUGAGCAUAUUUCAAUGAACGUCAAGAAGUCCGUUACAAAGAUGCAUUGCCAAUUGGGUGUGAUUAUUCCCUGUCUGCUGCACAACACCACUUCGAUUGUUCAACAAGAGAAAGAUCCAAAUGUCCUUACUCUCAGCUCGAAUGGAUCGACUUCGAUCUGGUUUCCAUUGUUGCCUAUUAUUACACCGGGAUCGGGGAAUGUAAUGAGUGGAAAGCAGCCACAACCUACCACGACUUCUGUGCUUACAGAAACCGAAAAGACGACACCUACAAGAAAGUCAAACCGCAAACCAGAAUCAUCAGCACGAAGUCAUAAAACAGGCGCUGCAGCUUUCUUUGGAGCAAUGUCUCAAGAAUGGUUCCGAUAGCCCCACAAAACACUUUACCAACACAAGUUAUUAUAGUUACCUAGGCAAAUUCCUCCCCAAAAGUAUAAACAAAACAAUAAAAACUGUAUUUUCCGGUGCAAUAUUAAUAAAAUAAAAUGAUAUAUCAAAAAAA